AUGGGCUAUGACCACAGCGUGAUGAGUAUAGGUUUUGUUCUAUUGAUUAUGUUGAUUGUGGACUUCUCCAUCGCUGCUAGACCGCCCAAGGCUUUUGAAGAGAAAAAAGGUGGUAGCGGCGGUGGUGGAGGCGGUGAUGGAGGAGGCGGUAGCAGUUCACAUGGCUCUGGAUCAGGUUAUGGCUCAGGAAGUGGCUCUGGAUACGGUAGCGGCAAUGGUGGUGGCAGAGGCGGUGGAGGAGGAGGCGGUGGUGGUGGAGGAGGGUCAGGCCACGGUGGCUCUGGCUCGGGAUAUGGAUCCGGAAGUGGAUAUGGACAUGGCAGUGGUGGGCAAGGAGGAGGUGGUGGAAGAGGGGGAGGAGGUGGUGGAGGUGGAGGCUCGGGCACAGGAAGCGGUUCUGGCUAUGGCUCUAGUUACGGAAGCGGUAGUGGCUAUGGGAGCGGUGGUGGCAGAGGUCCUUAA